UGGUGCUUUUGUAAGCUCUGUAACGAUCAAGACCAUAAGAGACCUGACUAUUAAUUUUUAACUCACAUGCACCGGAAGUAAUGUUGCUAGUAGUUUCUGAAGGGAAGUUCUUGGGGGAAAAACGCCUGCAAAAAGCUCAAAUUUCCUACUUAAGGUCAUUCCACUUGUAAAGCAAGAAGAUAUUAAAAAAGAGCCAACCUUGCUUAACUGCCUAAAAUGAAACAAAACAGCACAGAAGUUGAGCCACUAUCAGCCAUCRACAUUGCUCUGACCAUAUCUUUUGCCAUCUUAUUGAUUGUCAACCUUAUCAGCAACACUCUUGUCUGUUGGGUUAUCUGGAGAUAUAGAGAGACGARAAACCUUAUGAAUUAUCUUGUGGUGAACCUGGCCCUCUCAGAUAUCAUGGUUGCACUGUUUAUUGCACCACAGYAUGUGCUGCGGCAUUUGUUUAAACAUCCAGAAGGCAUUGCAGGAGAUGUGUUAUGCAAAUUAGUAACAGGUGGMAACUUUAUUUGGACAGGAGGAGCAGCAUCAGCCUUCACAUUGGUAGCCAUCGCCAUCGAAAGGUAUUUUGCGGUUUCUAAUCCCGAAAGGAGUGRAGUGAGCUCGCGCCGUGUUAAAGGUAUUAUCAUUGGCUCUUGGAUAUACGCAAUAGCUUUUAAUCUGCCUUUAUUCUUCGUUAUCGAAUACGAAAAAUUAUCGAACGAUUUCCGAUGCCCCGAGAAAUGGCCGAAGGAGAUUUACGGAAAAAUCUACACCAUCGGARCAUUUUUUAUUUUAGGUGUUAUUCCAAUCGGAAUGAUGGCGAURUUCUACUCGCUUACUAUUCGAGCUCUGUGGAAAAAUGGUUUUCCAGCAACAGCGCAAUCUGACCUGGCGAUCGUGCGGCAAAGAAAAAAAGCGACAAAGAUGAUGUUCGUCGUAAGCGUUCUGUACACCAUCUGCUGGUUGCCAAACUUGAUACUCUACAUGUUAUCGAUGUAUAAGCCAUCUUUGUACACAUACUUCUCURCGUCCUAURUUGUCAGUGUUGUACUGGUUUGCGCAAACUCCACCAUGAAUCCCUUCGUGUAUACCCUACACAGUUCAAGGUUUAGAGACGARUUGAAGAGCAUUAUGUGCUGCAUUAGACACGGUCAUGUUGACUUUCUUCGAUCGCUUUGAAAMGCUAUGAAAAUAUCAGUCAAACUUCUUGCUGGUCGAUACUUUACACUUGGACACAAAUGGCGGACAUGUUGGAUUUUGACUUAAAUCAAGGAUAUGCCCGUGUAGGGAAGGCAUCCAAUCAGACGUUGCGCAACUUGUAACAUUUUUAUCUAGCCAAUCAGAAUCUGUAUCAGUCAUUGAUAUCAAUCUCUUAUUCAAUCAGAUGUUGCGCAACUAUGUAACAUUU